AUGUUUUUCCAGCCUAAAUUUAUCUUCCUCGCUGGCUCUGCCCAGCUCCAGCUUCAGGCCAGCACUGAAGCUGUGACCAGGGCCAGGGUCAGCAGUGAGGAGAGCAGCCAGCCCCUGCCCGUCAAGUCUCCACAGACAGUGGAGGCCGACGCGAGGGCACGAGUCAUUGCCGAGGCAGGGAACCCUGCUGACCGGCGUCACAUUCUCAGUCGGAUGGAGGUGCAGUUCGGUCAGUACCGGGGGACCACCUUCCAGUGGCUCCUUACCCACGAUGUCGGGUACGUGGCAGGGGUGGUGUCUAGCCACGCCGCAGAACGUGAGGCUGGAGACACCAACAGCUCACCCCUCAUGCUACACAAGGACGCUCUGCUGGAGUAUGCCCACCUCUUCCCUCCUAUGGCUGCGGCUAUAGAAGCCAAGAAGAGGACGGGCACAGACACAGAGGGCGACCGUCUGGUGGGGUUCGGCGAACACAGCUCCCUGACCUACAGGCAGCUGUAUGAGUCGACGGACCCCGAGAUCAGUAGCUAUAGGAGCUGGGUACGGAGCCUGGUGGUGAAGAGCGGCAGGAGCCGAGUUGCACUGCUUAAGCAGUACGUGUUGAGGAGGGACAGGGAGCAGCGCUCUCUCGCCACCUUUGAUGCUUCAGCAGCUUCAGCUCGUGCCAGCACCUCAGCUUCAGCUCGUGCCAGCAUCCUAGCCGCAGAACGUGCCAGCAUCCUAGCGCCCGGUCGUGCCGGGGCCGUAGAUGCAGCUCGUGCCAGCGCCUCCAAAUCGGCGCCCUCAGCAUCAGCGCCCUCAGCAUCAGCGCCCUCAGCAUCAGCUCCCUCAGCAUCAGCGUCCUCUGCAUUACUCUCUUCAACUCCUCUGCCAAAUACCUUGAAGGAGGAGGAGGAGGAGAAAAAGGACGAUCAGCAGAUGAUGGAAGUCGCUGCUGGUGUUGAGCAACACAUGUCAGCUUCUAUGGCUGAGAGACAUUUGCCUACCGAUUGUCUCAUGCUGGCUGCUCCACAAGAUGAGCUCAUCCUUCCCGAAGCAUGGAAGCGUAGCCUUCCUGUUGAGCAGCAGGAGUGGGUCAGCAAGGCCAUUUUUGUCCGUGACCAAACAGGAAGAGCGGUCCUGUCUCAGGACCUUAAGGUGUGGUACCACCCACCUGGUCCGCGGUCAAAUUAUUCUCAAUGUCCGUCAAACCACCAUGCCUUCUUCCAGCGGCCCUUUGUCCUCUGGGCCCCAUACCGUAUGUGGAAGUACCAGCUCGAGUGUCCAGUUUGCGCCCACAGACUGACAGGCUGUGGGCUUUACAAGACCGUCCGCAAGGUCCUGGACAGAGACGGCUGGUACUUCAUGGGCACAGAAUACCUGGAGUGCAGGUACUGUCGGAAAAAAGUGGCUGCCUGGUCUCACUGCAUUAUCCGACAACUGCGGGCAGACCAUCGUCUGCAGUUCCCGGCAGUGCUCACAUAUAGGCUCUCGUGUGACAAGAGGUUGCUGGCGCAGAUGAAUGGCAACAGCGUCAGUGGCCUCCACUCAUAUCUGCUCGAGCAGCACACGACGGACUACUACAACAGGUGCACAAGGCUCCUUUUGGCCUGCAGCAUGUUUAAAGGUGUGCCUCGAUCGCAUGCUGUCUCGACAAUGCCAGAUAUGGAGCGAGUCCCCGGCAAGAAGUGGCUUCUGGCCACCUACGCCAGAGAGGUCUUCUGCCGGAUAGACGAGCUGAGAGCCAAGGUGACCUCCAUCUUUGGCUCCAUCUUAAAGAUGGACUCCACUAAGAAGGUAACUAAGAAGCUGGCGGGAGCGGACGCUGGGACCGCCCAGUGGAUGACCAGUGUGGGGAACGAGAGGGGGCAGGUGCUGAUGUGCGUCCUGACGGCAGCCGAGGGCUACGGGCUGAAGGACAUGGCCGUGGGGCUGCAGGAGCGCUACAGGCAUGCCGGGCAGGACCCUCCGUCUGUCCUGUACGUGGACCGUGACUGCUGUAGGAGUGAUGGGGGGACCUGUGCCGCAGCAGCCCUGUUCCCCGAUUGGCCCCAGCUGGCGGUCAGGCUGGACGCCUGGCACUACAUCCGCAGACUGGCGGCGGGCGUGACGACGGAGAGCCACUCCCUAUAUGCCGAGUUCGUUCGCCAACUGUCCCGCUCGAUAUUCGAGUGGGACCCGGAGGACUUCGCCCGGCUCAACAGAGCGAAGAACGGUGAGCACUCCAGGCGGCCCAUCCCCUUCAGGGAGAUGGCACGCCACUGUCGGCGACGCACGCGCGGGGCGGAUGUGACCGAGCGGCUCCUCGACGAGACAAUCACGGCAUUCAUGGGUGCCACAGACACGCUGGGCGUCCCAGUCCUGGACAGCGUCCGCAUGCGUGAGGUCUGGCGGACCCAGAGACGGCACAUCACCUGCAUUCAGGAUCCAUCAGGCGUCCACCUGUACACUCAGACCGGCCUGUUGACCAAGGGUGGCGUCGUGCUGCCCGUCUACCGCUGCGCCCGAGGCUUGACAUCGCUCGAGUCUUUCCACCUGCACCUCAACCGUUUCAUCCCGGGCACCUCCAUCAGUGGGUGCUAUUUCCAAAUGUACCUGCUGGAGGGGCUGACCAGAUGGAACGAGGACCGGGCACGGCAGGCAGCUGGCGGUGCAGCGAGUGGCAUGAGGUGCUACCGCAGUCAGGAGCAGCACACCCUCAACCAGCUGACUCAGCAUUUCUUUGGGAAAACACUGGUUGAGAGUUACACAAAGCCGCUGGAAUAUACGGGGGAGCUGAUUGGGGUCAGCUACCUGUACGCCCAGACCGGCAAAGUGCUGCAGGACUUCCCUACUGACCCGGACGAGGCCGAUGGCACAGAGGACCUGGCCGCAGCGGAGGAGGAGGAGGAGGAGGAGGAGGAAGACGGUGACACCGAGCCUUCAGUAGCGCCGGAGGACGAAGUGGACGAGGGUUUUGGCGAUGUCUUCUUUUUCCACACCCCGGACGCUCCCUCUCCUCCUCGCGUCCAGGGCCCUGGGAUCGCCACAACCACAGUCAGCGUCGGUGCGGAUGGCACCCCUGGCUACCAGCAUGUGGUGUGUCUUGCCCACAGCCUGGUGGAACUGUGCGUGAAGGGCUACGUCACCAACGCCGAGGCGGAGCAGAUCGUAGAGAGGUGGCAAAACCUCCCCGAGGUCGACAAGCGGCCCAUCGCUUACCUGCCGCGGUACAGGCAGGAGUUGCCCACGGGGAGGUUCGAGAAGGCCAAAGUUUACGCUCCCAGCAGCACGCCGAUACCAGGACUGGAGAGCUUAAAACGCUGCGUCGCGGGAACUGCCAGCGGGCCUGCACAGUGGCCGGACGCCAGCCGCCUGGUGGAGGCCGUAUUCAUCCGUUUGACGGUCCUCCAUCCCGCCAGCAAACGGAUGAUGGGCGGCACGAUCAGCCGAUGGACGCUGGUUCUGAGGGACUACAACACGUUGCGGAACGUGGUCACCAACCACCCAGCCCUCACAGCCAGAACGACCAUCCAGCUGUUCGCCGUGAACCAGGCCACCCUCUCUCAGUGGCACAAAAGGUACACGGCCGCUCAGGAGAGCCGCGUCUUGGCUGCUGGCAUCGCCCCCAUGCAGGCCCCUCUCGAGGCCCAAGACACACUCCUGCUAGCCAGGCAGCUCACAGCGGCGCAGACAGAGUCCCCUCGUGGCAGGGAGCCCUUCCUCUUCGAGGACCUGCCUCCCCUGGAGAGAGGAGAGGAGGAAGCCGGGCCAUCGAACGCGGUCACCACCUCCACUGCCGUUGCCACUUUGAUUCCUGCAGCCGCCGCGUCUUCUGCUGUCGGCGCUGCUGGUGACAUCGCAGGUGAUGCUGCUGCUGCUGCUGCUCCUCCUGCAGCUUGCGCUGACGAUUAUGUGCCGAAGUCCACAAAAUGGUACCGUAAGCGCAUGGAGGAGUUACGGGCAAAGGCUGAAAGUAGGGGACAGCCUGUGAGGAGGAAAGCCCUCUGCAUCAUGCGCUGUAGCCACUGUGGUCAGCGCAAAAUAAAAGAGACUGGCCACAGGCAGCUUAGAAAAGCGAGUGGGGCAAGAAUUUCUUAUUGCCCCACAGCAGCUGGAGGGAAGAGCCCAGAGGAGUGGCUUGCCUCUCAGAACUCAUUGCAGGACAGCCAUAGAUAA